CUUGCUCCAGAGCCCAGGCAAUAGAGGCAUCCAGUGCACCUGAACCACUAGCUACCUAGCUAGCUACAUCGGCAAGUCGGCAGAGCUCGUGAUCAAUGGGGGUCAAGCUCACGCUCCCGCCGGCGGCACUGAUCUCCCAGGUGGCCAAGCUGAGCUCCCUCCUCGCCCUCCUCCUCCUCGCGCUGCUGCUGCCCGUCUUCCUCAGGGUCGCCUACGGCUACCUCCUCUUCAACGGCAUCGUCCUCGCGCUCGGCAUCCAGGCCUUCGUCGGCGGCGGCGGCGCUUCCAUCGCCGACGACGAAGACCGGCACGGGUCUCCGAGUGCCGGUCAGGCCGUCGAGGCCUCGCCGUUCCAGAGGGCUGGAGCUGAAUCAGUCCGUCCCGACGACCGGACGGCGGUUGCGGGUGAUCGUGUCGUGGUGCCUGCCUUUGUGGUGACUAAUAUCAUCGAGCUGAAGACGAAGACCAAGGAGGUGGUGCUGAAGGUGCUCAAGAAGUGCCCGUCGACGGCGAGCAUCUUCUUCCUCAGCUCGCUGAACGGCGGCCAGCAAGCCGGCGGAGAGGAAAAGGCACGCCAGGAGGAGGAGGAGGAGGAGGAAGAUUGUGAAGUCGACAUGGACGGGGACGUGAAGAUGAGUCGGGAGGAGCUGUUUGCCAACACGGAGAGGUUCAUCGGCAACUUCCGCAGGGAGCUCAGCAUGCAGAGACAGUAGCACUACUCCAAGCUAGCAUAGAUAUUUUGGCUUAGCUUUUUCUUAUUAUUUUUCUUUAUUUUAUUGCGUCAUGUUAUAUAGGAGUAUGUGUAGGGUGACACGUCCUUAGUCCACGCGUCUGUAACCCUGUUCAUAGGCUUUGGAUCUUCGGUGACUUUA